AUGAAUUGGUCACAAUGGAUGCCCACUGCCGUUGAGGCUGAAGUAGCGGGCUGCGAAGACAAUUGGUUCCCUGUGCCGUUCAACGCUAAGUUGCAACGUCAGUAUGUUGAAUGGGUUGACAAAUCUUACACGAAGACAUCGACUCUGGAUUUCUCUGACGCGCAAGAGCUCUUGUCGACACCUCGGUGCACGGUAAAGGAGGUCACCCCGACACAGACAAGAGCCACUGUGCCUGAGUCGUCGGCAAAAAAGCCAUCUCCUUUGAAGAAUGUUUCAUCGGCUGAGGGAUCUUCAGACAAGGGUGCUGCCGUGGUAAAGACUCCUGCGAUGGACUGCCGCGAGUUCGUUGCCGCAGUUCUGGCCAAACACACGACGGACCCAGGCGCCCGUCUCACCAACAUGUUUCAGCAAUGCAUGGAAAGUCGGGAUGGGUCAGUUCCCAAGCAUCCGCUUCAGCGUCAAGAGAACGUGCAGAAGCAGUACACGCUUCGUGAAGGAGAGGGUGCAUAUAACAAGGUCCAAAACGUCAUUGAAAAGUUUGCCGAGUGUUCGGACAACGAGGUGACGCAGGUGUUGGAAUAUAUCAAGCUCAUCACUCUGGCUGUUUUGCCGGUUCAAAAAAGAGGGAACUUAGGCCGUUGGUUGCGCAAGAACAUGCGUCCUCACGGUGACCGACUAUCUGCCCUGGACGAAGCGCUUGAUGAGUGGGAGGACAAGGACGCCCUCCCGUCUUUCACAUACGUUGAGAAAACCUUACUAGCACCAGCCACAAUCGCUCAGCCAUUGGAUUUCGUCGCAGAGCAGCUUCUCAACGGCUGCUCGGACAAGGAGAAGGCUCAAAAAGCUGCCUACAUGACUUAUCUAAUGGCGGAGGUUCACUACAAGGAAACCAGAGAUUGGCAGGAAAAGACUCAGGGUCUGUUGAAGCGGAACAAAGAGCUCGAGACUCGUCUUUCGGAAGCUGAGGAAAGCCUCGUCAAGGCGAAGGUUCAGAUACCCCCCGACGCUCAGACGUUAUUGGACUUGGCCACGAAGAUAGAAAAUGACGGCAACAACAAGCUCAACAAGAUACUCCAGACUAUUGAACGCCUAUUCGCUUCUUCAUUGGCAAAAGACGUCGAAGCGGGCCUGGCUGGAGCGCGUGACGAUGACGCCGGGUUCGGAGCGAGAGCCAGUGCUCCUCCAACGGGUAGCGUACAGACACCCACAACGAUUCUUGGAGCUUUUGGCUCCAGAAGCGAGGCUCCUCGUGCGUUGCCUCUGUCUUCGCCAUUCUCGAUGCCUUCCAAUGAAAGCCUGUCCUUCCGAAAUGCGACAUUCGACACGGUGACUAGGAGAAUAUCGAACCCAACAUUGCCAAAGCUUCUCCCGGACUCCAAUGUUCCCAUACCCAACGCCGACAUCUUCUCUGGCAAGCGAAAGCCAGAUUCGGAGAUGACAGAGUCGGCAAAGCGUCACUGUAGCGACACGUUCUCCGUCCCGAAUCAACCAGUUGAGCUAGUUGACACUGAAGAGCAAGGAGGAGUCCGGCUGGAUAACGUCCCCAGCACGACGGAUCUCCAGCAGCACAAAUCGCUCUUCGGUAACCCAGCUAAAGAGGAAGAGGUCCUCAAAAUCGCUCAGACCGCCAAAAUAGGCGGCGACGACAGCAGAGACUACUCGGCCUUCUGCAAGAACGUUGGGAAGGACACGGACGGCGCGUCUCACCAUGUCGUCGACUCUGUACCGUUGAGAGAGUUCUGGGGCAUCCGAAUGGUGUAUCUCCUCAAGGUCCAGGACGAGCGAGUAGACGACGACGAGGUGUAUGAGCAGGCGCUGGAACUGACCGGCACGGAUAAGCUCCUGAAGUUCGUCAGCCUAAUGGCGAACCGCAUUGCGGCGAAGACAAUGGCUAGGAAUGCCGGCAUUCUCCCUUUCGGAUACACCGCACCAUUCGACACCUACUACACGAAGGUGCGCGAACGUAUUAUCAAAAGAUUAUCCACGCUUCCGGAGCAUCGCGAGCUCCCCAAUCUGAUGGGGGACCCAGCUGUAGGCAUGCUUACGCUUGAAGAAGCGUCCAAGCUUGCUUACGAGUCUGGCGAGGUUGUAUACCAACCACUCACCUGA